ACACGUCCAACAAACACACGUCCCAGACACAUACGCGUCCCACACACACACACAUAGACACACACGCACACUUCUUCCAAUAAAUAUUUAUAGGCCUCUAUAUAUUGAUCAGUAGUUUAUAUUGGACAUGGACAUUAUUUGUGGGUGUACCUGCCAGGGCACACUUGAACCAUAAAGUAAAUAAAGUAAGCAACCUCUAUAAUCCUCCGAUUUGCUGUUGUGUUUUCCAUAUAAAGGCUUUAAUACAGUUUUUAAUCACUGUAAUGUCAGUUGGAAGAUAGAUCAACAACAUUGUUCCCUCUUAAACUCAAUAGCUCGUGGAAAAAGAGAAUCGUUCAAAACUCUAAUUGAAAUCAGCGCGGUUACAGAAUGAGGUCUGGAUGAGGUCUAAUAAAGUCACCAGCAUGGUGGUCCGUGAAAUGGUUAGAGAUUAUAUGGACCAUAUAGUUUGAGUCUGUUUGUGUUAGGCUAAGUGCAUUGACGAGUGGUUUCUCCACAAGGAAGCAGGUCUAAUUAAUCUGUUAAGAGAGCAUGCAGCUGUUUUGGCGUGAAUUGUGCCACAUAUUUUGAAGUGCUUCAAAAAAAAUUAACUAGAAUAAUGUUGUUUUAACGGAGCGAAGCAUAUGGAGCACAAAUCUUGGCUUCAAAUAUUACAAGUCUAUUUUUUAUGUGAAAUGUAUUUAACAUUUGUUGUGUACCUAAACUAAGAGUGGACUCAAAUAUUCCUUUUCAAUUUUAGGUCCAUUAAAUGCGCUGGCCGCUACCUUAAGUCUUACAAAACAAUUGGCCUUGCUGUCCCCUGGUAUAAAGGCUUGUUAAAGUAUAUUUGAAGCUUUUGAUGCUCCUGAAUGAGUUUCCUGGCAUACUGCGGGGAAAAAAUCCAUUCUAAACCUAGAUAUGAUAUGAAUAUCACUUUGGUUUAUGAUAGUCAAGUCGUAAACGUAGUCAAGUUGUGGAGGGUUCUCUAUUCAUCUUUCCUUGGCUCUCUCCUCCCCUCACCAGGCCCUCAUUUUGUCCUUGUUUCCCUUUCACUCUUUCUCCCUUUCCAUCUCUAUUCGUAUCUAUUGUUCUCUCUGUCUCUGACAGACUCCGUCCCAUCUGCGUUUAUGUCAUAGAAUUGGUUUGGCUUGGUCUAAUGCGCACCAUCCAAGUAUACAUACAUUCACCCCUAUAUCCUGAAAGCAUUCCAGCAGUCCAAUCUGCAUCGCAGAUUAGACGGCAAAAAACAACCCAACCCAGCCACACGUUUCGGCUUCAAGUAGAUCACCUACAUGCAAACCAAACCAACCCCCUUUUCCCUCCACUCAAUCCCCAGACUUCUGUGAACCGGCCACUAGCUUGGCUGUCAUUCAGAGUUCACUCUGGACCAUGACAUAGAGGCAACAUACAGUAACACAGUUUAAGUGUCUGCUUGUGUUUUGGUUACACGGUUUGAUUUUGCUGCUCCCACAACCACCCACAGUCAACGCACGCGCGCGCACACACACACACACACACACACAGGAUGUGCUUCCUCUUUGGUUACUUUUUUUUUUUUUUCUUUCCGAGCUCGCAUUCAGACAGACGAGGAAACCAUUGAGACAGAAAGAGAGACAUACAGUCACGGUUAACAGUCAGAUCUGUAAGCAGAACAGCGGAUAUGUUACAAGACAGUUCUCAGAGGAUGCAGACUGCCUCCUCAAGACCGUCUGUCAGAUGUCGGAUCCGGUAUCUCACAACAACCAACUGAAUUUGUGCUCUCCUUGCUACUAACUGCUAUUUUAUAUGCACACACAUAUUGCGGGGAUGUCCUAUUUCUCCAGAUAUUUCUCGCCAUCUAUCCCUCUCCCUCCCCCUCCAUCUCGUUCUCCCCCUCACGCACACUCCCUCCCUCCUUGUGUACAUAGCGCUUCUCUAUGAAGGCAAGGCUCCAUGUGCUCCUAUCUGAUUGGCUGUGCAGUGAAAGGAUGAUGUCAUUGCUACCCAAACAGGAGGGUGGGAGGGCGGUUAGUGGUGGAGAAGGGUAGACGCACUCCGAGAGGGAGAACCAGCCUCCUCUCAUUAAGGAAGCACAGAGGGGGAGACACACACACACACACACACACACACACACACACACACACACACACACACACACACACACACACACACACACACACACACACACACACAGGCUGCAAAUCAUGGAAAUGUGAGAGCCAAGAAAUUGGGGUGAGGUUAUAAGAGUGGCAUAAUAAUAUAACAUUAUAAGGUUAUGAUCCAUUGCUGCUUGCUGCCAGCUAAAUGUGUGUGCGUUCGCAUGCAUCGAGAUGUGCAUGCGUGUACAAAGUGUGCAUGAAGAGAGGAAGAGAUUUUGGGUGAGUAAGUAAGUAUGAACAGAGCAUGUCAGGGCAUGAUAUUAGGAGAUACCGAUCAGAAAAUACAUGGAGUGAACCCAAAAUAGCAUAUGGUAGGUGCACCAGUGUGUGCGUGCGAGCGAGUGCAUGCGUGGACAAGGAAAUACUAAUCAGAGAGAGAGGGUGAAACUAAGAGAGCCAUAUUCUCCCUUCCAGAUUACCUGGCAAAUUUGAGCUGGCAAGUCUGCUUGGCUUAUUAUGAGGAUGGACACACCUUGCCCCAAUCUUCCCCUCCCUCUGUCUCUGUCAUCACUUCCAAAACUAUAUGCAGCUUUACAGUUUUGAAGGAAGGCGAAUAAAACCAAGAACGUUUUUUGGUGAUUGUUGAAACCAAACCCAUGUUGGUUGAACCUUCUGUAAUGCGGCAACAAUUUUUCGGCGGAGAAUUCUGUAAAUUGAGUGCAGUUAUUGAUCCGACAUGCAUAAUACAUUUGAAAUAAGGGGAUGGUCAUACAAACAAAACUGGUUGCUAGGUCCUCGACCACAUAUAAGCAUCCAUGUUCCUUUAGAUGGUAAAUGUUCUCCACACGAGCAUCUUGAAAUGUAAUAACCCUUAUGAAUGUCCGAAAUGGCCCCACCCCUCGGCUUCCGUUUGGCUAUGGCUUUAAAUAGCACCUCAUUAAGUGCCACGGUGGUAAUGGUGUCACUGUGCGGUAAUUUGUAACACGUUGUGAUAAGAAGGGUCAACCAAGGAAAAUCUUGAAAUCCGACCGACUCUACGACCAAUCGAUUGGUCUAAAAAUCUAGAUUGACCCAAUCAACCAGUGGUAGCCAAAAUAUCAUGCGAGGGUCUCGGUGGAAGAUUCAAUGCUAGGUUUGGUUCUGUGCUUAAUAUUAUCGGUUCCAAUGCAUGCCAAGGUGCUAAUUCUGAUACGUUCAUACUCCAAGCGUUGACGGAGCAUCGCAGACACUGCCUACCGUUUUUAGAAUGCUAACACACCUUCUUGACAUGGUGGCAAUAAUUUGUAGCGAGUAAAUAUUCUGUAGGUAGAAAAUUAAGUUGUGAUACCAGGGUGUUUUGACCACCUGCCUUCCGAAUAGUACAAUUAUUAAACAAUACGGUCAUUAUAACUGAAACUGCAGUGCCUUGAAUUUUUUUUUCACAAUACAUUUUAUAUCUAAAACAAUAUAACUAAUAUAAAAUGCAUCAGUUUGCAUAUCACACAUCACAUCCCUCUCGAAAAGAAUGGCCAAAGAAGCAUUUUUUCCCCGGGAACACCAGCGCAUGUCCGAACAAUGACAACUUGGUCGAACAAGUGCAUAUUGAUCAACCAAUCGACCUACCGACCUGAACUUGACAGCCCUAGUAACAAGCGUGCCUGGAUCAGCCUCAUGCAGCAUGCAUCCCCGCCCCCGUCCCUAUGUGAAUCAAACUGCGUUGCUUUUUGUCUUCUUUUAUACUAUACUGGUUUGGGGUGGGGACGGUGGCUGUUUCAUUUAUGCUCAUCCACCCUAAUUCACCUUUAUUAUAGCUCUGUGCCUACAGAGAACGCAUGGGGGAAGUGAGCGGGGUUGCCUCCAUACGUUCAGUUUUAUGUUACAGCCGGAUCAAUAGAGGUGCUGCCUCCCACUUUCCCCUCCUUUCCCUUCUGUCUCCAUCUCAAUCUCCCCUCGUCCACAUCCAUCUAAUGCAGUUUCCAUAGCUCUCCCCUGGCACCCUCCCUCCAUCCAUCUUCUUUCACAGCCCUCCCUCCUCUCUGCUCUCCUCUCCUCCCAGCCCCUCCCUGCCUGCUUUUUCGCUCGCUGCACAGGUGAUGUCAUUCUUUUUCAGCUGGGAUCUCCACCCUCCCUCCCCCUAUUCCUCUCUCUCCCUCUCUCCUCUCCCUCACACGCACACUCUGUCUUCCUCCUCACAUUAGAGGGGCUGGCUCUUUGUGGCUAAACAGCCAAUCCGCGGAGGAAGAGGAGGAAAGUGCAACGCUGGGAGGAAAGCUUGUCCUCGGGAUAGCAGAGCAAGGGCAGCUUCAUCGCCCUCCUCCCCUCUCACCCGUCCUGCACACCUGCUCCUGUGUUUCCUUUUCCAGCACUUGCAGCAGUGUCGGAAUUUCCUGGACACAUUUUAAUGCACACUCGCCACGCCACCUCGGGAGAUGGCUAAGGAGGAAAAGGAGGAAGGGAGUUGCUGAGAGACAAGACGGUCUGUCGGACAGAGAGACGGGAGUGUUCCCCACUUGGGGGAGAUGGGAUCCAGGGAGGGCACAGGGUGACUGCAAGCCUGAGGAGGUGGAUUCCCCUGAGGUUCUGCUGACACAGGCCUUUGUCUUUUUGCAUUGUUUCUCCGGAUCUGCUUCAUCUCUACGGGAACCUUUUAAUUAUUUAUCUGAAGAGAGAUUAAAGUAGUUCAUCACAGGGAUCCCCAGAUCAGAGCUCGGUGAUCCUUUCCACUCGCGGGGCGAGGAAAAGCCCGGGUCUACCUGUGGCCGGCAGGUCAGCCCAACUUGAGCUCCCAAGUUUGCGCGUGACGGCGCUCCCUGGUGCGUGUCCCCCACCCAGGUCUGGGCUGUCAGCCUUCCAACACACUGGAUGUAGCGACCCGGGAGGAGGCUGGUUCUGUCUGCCGCCUGGAGCCCCUCUCUCCGCGCGGGCUGCCCGGAUGCCUCCACCCCCCGCUGCCAGAGGGGUUCUGUCUGCGCUGACGGAAUAAACUGCAAACCCGCCGCUGUCGGCCGUGCGACAACAUUCAGGAUUUAUACGGGCGGGUGUUGUUUGGAGGGAAAUUCCCUUUUCAAAUCCACCAAGGCUCGUCAGAAUAAGAGCAGAAGACGGAGGACCACCUCACAGCCUCCACUGUGGGGGAUGGGUUUAUUUUGAAGCUUUAUUGACCUUUUGCUUUUUUGUUAUAUUUAUCAAUUUUAUUUUAUUUAAUCUGCGGUAGAACGAGAAGGGAAACUUUCCAUCUCUCGCUCCAUUCCCUGUUCCCGUGGAAAUGGCUUUCCUCGUCCGUUGCUAUGCCAACUGCUUGCAGCCGUGGUCCUCUAAACUUCCAGCGGACCUGAAUAAGAUGCACCUGACCGACCACGCCCACCAGCAGGUGAUGCAUGUGCCACCCAGCCAAUCAGGAUGCAGCAUUGCUAGCGACUCAGGGAGCAGCAGCCUAUCAGAUUUAUAUCAGGCCACGGAGAGUGAGGUGGGGGACGUGGACCUGUCAGGCCUGCCAGAGGCUGCAGUGGACAGUGAGGAGGAGGAGGAGGAGGAUGAAGACCUGGAGAGGUCCACAGACGCCCUGCUGGGCCGCGACCUGGUCCGCGAGUGCCUGGAGAAAGAGCCGGCCGACCGCAACGACGAUGACAUCGAGCAGCUGCUGGAGUUCAUGCACCAGCUCCCGGCCUUCGCCAACAUGACCAUGUCGGUGCGCCGGGACCUCUGCGGGGUCAUGGUGUUUGAGGUGGUGGAGCAGGACGGCACCGUCGUGCUGCAGGACAAGCAGGAGCUGGACCUGUGGUACGUGAUCCUGAACGGAACAGUGGAGAUCAGCCACACGGAGGCCCGGGUGGAGACGCUCUGCAUGGGCAACAGCUUCGGCCUGUCGCCUUCGCUGGACAAGCAGUACAUGAGCGGGGAGGUGCGCACCAAGGGAGACGACUGCCAGUUUGUGUGCGUGGCUCAGGAGGACUACUGGCGCAUCCUCAACCACGUGGAGAAGAACACGCACAAGGUGGAGGAGGAGGGCGAGAUCGUCAUGGUGAAGGAGCACCGCGAGCUAGACCGCAGCGGCACGCGCAAGGGGCACAUCGUCAUCAAGGGGACCCCCGAGCGUCUGAUCAUGCACCUGGUGGAGGAGCCGUCUGUGGUGGACCCCACCUACAUCGAGGACUUCCUGUUGACCUACCGCACCUUCCUGUCCAGCCCUAUGGAGGUCGGCAAGAAGCUGCUGGAGUGGUUCAUGGUCGACACCCUCCGAGACACGGUGACCAGAAUCGUACUGCUCUGGGUCAACAAUCACUUCAAUGACUUUGAGGGCGCCCCGGCCAUGACCCGCUUCCUGGAGGAGUUUGAAAAACACCUAGAAGAGACGAAGAUGAAGGGCCACCUGCGGCUGCUGAACAUCGCGUGUGCCGCCAAGGCCAAGUGUAGGCAGAUCACCCUCCAGAAGGCGUCCAGGGAGGCCUCGCUCUCCUUCAGCCUGCACGGGGGCAGCGAGAGGGGCUUCGGCAUCUUCGUGGAGUCUGUGGAUAUUGGUAGCAAGGCGGCCGAGGCCGGACUGAAGCGGGGUGACCAGAUCAUGGAGAUCAACGGUCAGAACUUUGAGAACAUCUCCUACACCAACGCCGUGGACAUCUUGAGGAACAACACCCACCUCUCCAUCACCGCCAAGACCAACAUAUUCGUCUUCAAGGAGCUGCUGAGCAGGAUCGUGCACGAGAAGCAGAACGGCGCGCCGCACAUCCCCAAGAUCCACGAGAAGAAGGGCAACCGCUUCUCCAUCUCCAACCUGCCGGGCGACAUGGAGUUCCCCAGCGACCACAAGAGCACCAGGAAGAUGAAGGCCAACACCGUGUCGGGGGGCCGCAACAAGAUCCGCAAGAUGCUGGAGAAGACGCGCUUCAGCAUACUGCCCCCCAAGCCCUUCAGUGACGGCGGCGUGGGCCAGUCCCAGGACGACAGCAUCGUCGGCACCAAGCAGUGCCGGCAUAGUGUGGCCAUCAUGCCCAUUCCCGGGAGCCUUUCCUCCAGCAGCCCCGACCUGCUGCAGCCCGCCUCCAGCGUGCUGGACUUCUCCAACCCUGCAGCCUUGGGACUCUACUACAUCCCUGAUCAGGUGAUCCGGGUGUUCAAGGCCGACCAGCAGAGCUGCUACAUCAUCAUCAGCAAGGACACCACGGCCAAGGACGUGGUGUCCCACACGGUGAACGAGUUCGGCCUGCUGGCCUCGCCCGAGACCUACUCCCUGUGCGAGAUGUCGGUCAGCCCCGAGGGCGUCAUCAAGCAGCGGAGGCUGCCCGACCAGCUCUCCAAGCUGGCCGACCGCAUCCAGCUCAACGGCAGGUACUACCUGAAGAACAACAUGGACACGGAGACCCUGUGCUCGGAUGACGACGCUCAGGACCUCCUUCGGGAGAGCCAGAUCAGCCUGCUGCAGCUCAGCACGGUGGAGGUGGCGGCGCAGCUCUCCAUGAGGGACUUCGAGCUCUUCAGGAACAUCGCCUCAACCGAGUACGUGGACGACCUGUUCAAGCUGGACUCGCGCUCCGGCAGUGGCCACCUGAAGCAGUUUGAGGAAGUGAUCAACCAGGAGACCUUCUGGGUCGCCACGGAGAUCCUGAAGGAAGGCAACGCGCUGAAGAGAAUGAAGACCAUUAAGCACUUCAUCAAGAUUGCCCUGCACUGCCGGGAAUGCAAGAACUUCAACUCCAUGUUUGCCAUCAUCAGCGGCCUGAACCUGGCCCCAGUGGCCCGUCUCCGGGCAUCCUGGGAGAAGCUGCCCAGUAAGUACGAGAAGCUGUUCACGGACGUCCAGGACGUGUUCGACCCCUCGCGGAACAUGGCCAAGUACCGCAACGUGCUGAGCAGCCAGAGCAUGCAGCCUCCCAUCAUCCCCCUGUUCCCUGUGGUCAAGAAGGACCUCACCUUCCUGCACGAGGGUAAGGACUCCAGCGUGGACGGCCUGGUGAACUUUGAGAAGUUGCGGAUGAUCGCCAAGGAGAUCCGCCAUGUGGUGCGCAUGACCUCCGCCAACAUGGACCCUGCCCUUAUGUUCCGACAGAGGAAGAAGAGGUGGAAGAGUUUAGGGUCCCUCAGCCAGGGCAGCACCAACUCCAACAUGCUGGACGUGCAGGGCGGCGCCCACAAGAAGCGCGUGCGCCGCAGCUCGCUGCUCAACGCCAAGAAGCUGUACGAGGACGCGCUCAUGGCGCGCAAGGUCAAGCAGUACCUGUCCAACAUGAGCGUGGAGACCGACGAGGAGAAGCUCCAGAUCCUCUCCCUGCACUGCGAGCCCUCCUACAGCACCCUGUCCAAGAGCCUGAGCGAGCGGCGCUCCACCAAGUCGGACAUGUCCCCGGUGUCCCUGCGCUCUGCCCUGCCCUCGGGCAAGGCCCAGAACCGGGUGUCCCAGGUCCUGCAGGUCCAGGUGCCACUGUACCCACUGCGCAAGAAGAGCACCGCCAAGGACCUCAACACGCCCAGCACAGCGUCCCCCCAGGUGGUGAAGAAGCCCCCGGUGAGCACAGCAGACGAGUGGAGCUCCAAGAGGCCUUGUGAGGACACGGUGUCCACGGUGUCCUCGCUCCACUCCAGCCCCACUGUGUCCCCACAAGGCUCCCCGCGCAAAGCAGGUGGCGUGGUCAAGUCCCACAACUCCAGCCAUAUGAACCUGUCGGGCUCCUCGUCCUCGCUGACCAGCGACGCCAGCACCAAGGCGGGCACGGCAAGCCUGCGCAGCUACGGCAUAGGCUAUGCCCUGCUGCCGGCCGGUAAGGCAGACAGCCUGUCGGACUCCAGCCACAGCGAGAUCUCCUCGCGCUCCAGUAUCUGCUCGGUGGACUCCAUGCUCACGCCCGGCCCCGACGACAACAGGUGUCACGGCAGCCGCUCUGCCAUCGCCACGACGACGACGGCCCCCGUGGCCGCCACCGGCGUAGCCAUGGUUGAGAGCAGCAGCAACAACAGCAGCUGCUCCAACACCAACACCACCACCCACCACCAUGCUGCCUUCGCCGCGCGGACUGGCGGACAGGACUACGGCCAUCCUUGCACAAGCUCCCCCUCACCUCUGGCCAGCAGUCGUCUGGGCCCUCCCUCCGCCUGCUCCUCGGUGGCGGGGGAGGACCCCGGCCUCCCUGUGUUGGACAGCGGGCGCGGCAGCUGGACCUCCAGCUCCUCCACCUCCCACGACUCCUUCCCCAGCCUCCCCUUGUCGUCCUGCCGGCCCUGGGACCACGGCACCCACCCCGCCCCGGCCCUGCUGGCCUCCGGCUACCGCUACCCCCAGGCGCCGCCGCCGGGCCCCGGGUCCGAGGCGGGGGCGGGGGCGGGGGGUCACGCGCGCCACGGCAGCAGGGACUCUGAGUCCAGCGGCGGCGGCGGCGGCGGGCGCUCGCGGCAGAGCUGGGCGUCGUCCGGCUCGCUGUCGGACGCCAACGAGGGGAACUACGGCACGGUGAAGCGCCGCCACGCCUCCGGGAACCCCCCCUCUCCCGCAGACGAGGAGGGGGCCGGGCCGGGCGCAGACCCCGCCUACAAAACGGUGACGUCCAGCACGGACAAGGGCCUGAUAGUGUAUUGCGUGACGGCGGGGGGCGGCAGGGACGAGCGUUACCAUGCCCCUCCUCCCACCCCUCCAGGCUACCAGGGGCUGGCCCUGGGGGACCUGGGGUACUCGGACCCGCCCCCGCGGCCCCCCAACCUCAAGCCGCCCGAGUACAGCGUGGCGCUCCAGAGGAGCAGGCUGCUGCACAGCCCCGGGGUGGGGGGGGGGCUGGCCGCCAGCCUCCAGCACCACCACAACCACGGCAACAGCAACCAGCACCGGGACACGGGGCGGUCGCCGGGGGCCGCCGCCGGCCUGGGCUGCUCCAGACCGGCUAGCAUCUGCCUGCCGCCGCCGCGCCUGGGCCUCGCAGACAGUGAGGAUGAUGAACAGGUGUCGGCCGUGUAGGGGUGGCCUCAUCGCAGCACACAGAGCACCUGGGCCCCUCCCGUGGUGUACGGGCUUACGGAGCUAGCUGCCCCAUGUCUGGCCAGAGCACACUUUCCCCCCCUGGCCGGCCUUCAUUCAACAGCCACACACGGACCCACGCGGACCUGGACUCUGACUCCCUCCUGGAUGAACUUCACCUCGCUUCCUAACUUCAAAGCACCACCCAAGGAGAUUGUCAAUAUUACAGCUCCAUACAGCCUUGUGCAAGCCAUGUACAAAUGGAUUAUUUUUAUACUUGGUAUUCAUUUUAAAGACUUGAUUUUGAGUGAGGACAUUGAUCAAAGACUGGACAAGGGUUGGGACUCGUCUGCGGGACAACGGAGAGGGACUAGUUGCAGCCCGCUGGACUCUUGGGUUAAAUGUCAGGGGUUGGGUUUGGUCUUAGCAGUCCAGAGUGCUUUUUAUGGGGCAAGCUACAGUGUGUUAUUGUUAUUCAGUAUUUCGGUGGUCGGCUUUUUUGUGUUAGCAGUUUACUUGAACAUAAAACAGCCUGAGAAAUCAUAGCUGGGCUUUACGUCGCGUUCACAACAGUCUUUUGGUUGGAUUUUUUGCUCACCGUUAUCAGCAAGCGGCUGUUCUACAGAAAGAAACCUAGCGUUUUGCUAGAGGUGAUCUCUUAUAAGAUUUAAUAUUUCCUAAAUUAAGGUAGAAUCAUAUAUAGUUUUUAAGCGGCUUUUAUAUAAUCCAAAGUUGUGAUGAUCACCAUGCUACAUUUUUUAAUUAGGUAAACCUGUCAAACCAUAGUUUCUGUUUCUUAAAUGGUUUUGCUACUUCUGGCAGAAAGCAGAUUUAGCGAGCCUGUCUUUAAAGAAAAUCGAAUGUAUCUGCUGUCCAAUCUCCAGGCAAUAAGUUUGCCUCAAGAUGCCACGUUUUAAACGUUUGACUAUAGGCCCCGAUGUCAAACUCUGUUAAACACAAAAACAGAAGCUGCUGAUGGACGUUGGUCGAAACAAAUGAAAACCACAUUCAAUUUGAUUAGAACUGGCAAAAGGCUUUAUCACCACUGUGAUACUCGCACUGUUUACUGUAGCCACGACAACUGGAGGCCAUCCAACCCAAGAGACGCCAGCGGACCCUAUGCUUACUUUAACGUGUGUGUGCGUGUGCGUAUGUAUGUGUGAUUGUAUGUGUGUUAUUGUGGAGCACUUAAUUACUUGUUAAGCUUUAUGAAAAAGGACAGCAGAGGGGGUCCUGGUGAUCCUGUGAGUGUCCCGCAUCCCGGUCUCUCUGGGGGGUCUCCGGACGUCCCGUCAGAAUAGCUAUGGACCUCUUCAGCAGCAUGUUGCAUGUCAUGUCGAAAGAGCCGACCCAAAAACGGCACAUUAACUCACUUUCAGCGAGCUUGGUAACAAAACAUGUGCUGCAAUUUCAGUUGAUCAUUGUUAUUAGGUGAGCAUCGUAUACACACACUCACCCGCCAAGCUUUACAUGGCACGCUUUAAGACACAGGAAUGCCUUUUUUAACAGCCAACAUUGUUUAUGCUGAUGUUGACGUGUUUUGUUUACAUUGUUAUAGGAGACUAGUAGUUGUCUUUUAUUUGUUUUUUUUAUUAUUACAGGCAGACAUUUAUUGAGCUCCAAUGCUCUGGCGUAAGGCCACCUUGGUUCAGUGCAGUUGUAUGAUUCAUCUUUUACUAGAGAAGCUUCAGGUUCAACACUUCGACGGUGUUAACUAGCUUAUUGUCGAUUUAUAACACAAAAAUGGAAUUACCUGCCAUCAAAGCAGAACAUUUAUUUUUUAAUGUACGGCAUGCAACCCCCUCAUUCCUUGUUAAUGAUCACCCCGUCCUUAAAAAAAGGAGAAAAUAAUAUGUUUUGUAAAAUAUUUUCAAGGAUUUGCUGGUAUUGGAAGCUCAGGCUUGUAUGUGGAUUAGUGUGUAAGCCCCUGCUUAGAGGGGUGUGAUUACACAGGGACAGGAAACCGGGGCAUUGUACCUAUAUCAAAGUUAAAGCGGUGUAUUUAACUGGAAUGACACUGCAGCUGUCAGUUUCUCUCUAUCACGUUUUUUUAUACAAUAUUGAUUUGCCAUUCAAAAACUUGAACUGAUUAAUGCUAAUAUAUAAACUGCAUAUAUAUAUAUCUAUGUAUCUAAAUAUAGAUAUAUAUAAUUACGGAUGUUUUUUUUCUUCAAUAAAUUAAUUGAUUAUGUAUAGAUGAGCAACUAUUCUAAUGUAAAGGCUAUUUUAAAUAUUUUUAGAAUAGAUACAAGAGAAUUUGAGGUUGUGAUUGCCCCAUUUCUGUCUACGGCAGGAAUCUUAAGUUUUGUUAUAUUCUGUUGUUUUUAGUGCUGUUGACUUAUUUAUAUUCUCUUCGUCAAGCAUAUUGCUUUGUGUACAAUGUAAUUGCUGCUGCAUUUUUGAGAUUUUUACUGCCUUGAGUUUUGUGUAGAUGCACAAGUUUAUUUUUUAACAUGUUUUAUUGGACCGGGAUCCACAAA